UAAAAUAUGCCAAGUGACUCAAAUAGUCUCCACGCGUCAACCAAUGGGGGAGCGAAAGCCCGGCGGGUAUAUAUAGGAGGCGGAUUGAAGGCAGCUGUCAACUUGGCCUGAUUCGACGUCGGCCACCUCUCCUCUCCGCUCUCUCUCUCUGUGUGUGUGAGACACGCGCAGGGCCGCUGACGUUACCCCGUGGGAGUGUUUACAGGGCUCUGUGCGAUCACGCCAGAGAAGGAGCUCAGACGAGAGCGCUCACAUCCACGUGCGCACCGCAUACCGCGCUGCGGGAAUACUCACGCUGUACGUAAUAGAGCGAACUUCGCGCAACGAAGUUUACUUAACUCGUAGGUCAACGGGUAUAUUGCACUUCGUUCGAGGGAGAGACGCAGGCGGUUGCCGUACACGUAUUCUAUAAACACACGCGCACCGACACGCAGGUACACGACACGCACACGCGCGCGAGCACUCUGACUCACGCACCCCGCGCAACUGAUUCGGUGGUGCUCGCUUUGGCCUCGCUGCUGCUGCAACCGCGAAAUCCUGGGGCGGCCUCGACUCGCUCCGAACGCAGCAGAAGCGGCAGCAGCAGCAGCAGCAGAAGCGACAGUGGCAGAAGCAGCAGCAGUCAUGAGCUUCCCCCCGCGCUCCUCUUCCACCUCCUCCGCCGCGGGCCCGAGUCUCGCUCGCCGCCGCCUCUUCGUGCCCCUGCCCUGCGUGACCCCCCCGGCUCGCGUCGCCAGCGUUCGCCGCCGCCUCCUCUUCGGUGGCGCCGACGAGACGACGACGACGACGACGACCCCGCAGCAGCAGAGCGGCCGGUGCCUCCACUCCGUGCGCCACGAGCUCGCUCAGAAGCUUCGUGACGAUGCGGCCGCUGCGCGCGCGCGGUGGGGGUUCGACUUCGCAGCAGGGCGACCGUGCGAGCGCGCCGAGGAGGAGGACGACGAGGAGGAGGAGGAGGGCGCUGGCGAGAAGGCGGCUGGGGCCGCGUGGAGAUGGGAGGAGGUGGACGCCGUGCGGGUGCCAAACUUUUACCGGCCCGGCGCGGACGGCGGCGGCGGCGGCGGCGCUCGCGCGAGUCGGGCAGCCGUCGCGCGAGGCGGCGACGGCUGCGACUGUGACGUCGUCCGUGACGGCAGCGACGACGACGAGCACGCGGACGUCGUCGACGUCGAUGACGACGACGACGCGGAAAAUAACUCCAACAGCGGCAACACGGAGAUGUCGGGGUCGGCCGGAGAGACCCCCCCGUCUCGUAGCUCCUUCAGGCCCAUCGCAGAGGUCACGCCGCCCGCGUUCAACUCGGCGCACCGCAAGCGGCCGGCCACGCGCAUCGCCGAUUAUUUCGUGAAAACGAAGCGAGCGCACAGAGAGGUCUCGGACAAGCGAGGAGGCCGCGCGGACGAGCAGCAGUCGCUGCUGCCCCAGACGAGCGCGAUGCUGACCGAUUUGACUUUUUAAAAGGAGAAAAUAUCUCUCGCAAGCACGAACCCCGCGAGUGAACGAGAAGCCAACAACUGUCGUGGCGUCACUCAAGACGAAGAUCACGCAGACGGAGGACGAGACAGAGACCACAGACGGAGGAGACCACAGACGGAGGACGAGACAGAGACCACAGACGGAGGAGACCACAGACGGAGGAGACCACAAACGGAGGAGACCACAGACGGAGGACGAGACAGAGACCACAGACGGAGGAGACCACAGACGGAGGAGACCACAGACGGAGGACGAGACAGAGACCACAGACGGAGGAGACCACAGACGGAGGAGACCACAGCCGGAGGACGAGACAGAGAAUACAGACUUAGGAGACCACAGACGGAGAAGACCACAGACGGAGGAGACCACAGACGGAGGAGACCACAGACGGAGGACGAGACAGAGAAUACAGACUUAGGAGACCACAGACGGAGGAGACCACAGACGGAGGAGACCACAGACGGAGGAGACCACAGACGGAGGAGACCACAGACGGAGGAGACCACAGACGGAGGAGACCACAGACGGAGGAGACUACAGACGGAGGAGACCGCAGGCCCCGUGACUCUGCUUGAGACGGCGCGUGGUGGUGGAACUCUGCAAUUGCGGCUGACAAUUUGCGACAGUGCGCGCGCUUCUUCUGUACCGUCCGCAAGACUGUAAAUAAUAUAUACAUAGAUGUAAAUUUAAAAAAAUACUGCAAAGAGCACAUUUAUAUUUUUGUAUUUAUUAAUUUUCUAUGAAAACUAAAAGUUUAUUGAAUUAAAGGUUUCGGUGCGUAA